AGUGCCAGGAGAGGGCGAGGGGGACGAGUCGAUAGGGGCGGAGCUCCGCUUGAUUGACGGGGUGUGGGCGGAGACCACCGGCGCAAUCAGGACCAAUUAGGGUAGCGAUCAGCUUCCUCCGGCUGACCAAUGAAAGCGAAGCAGAGAGCUCGUCGCUUGGCCUGGGCCAAUGGAAAAGUCCUUUCCACGCCGGCGGGCUAAGGGGCGGGGGGAUAAGACUCCUCCCCGUCGUGACCCCUCCCCCAGGGGGAGGGGGCGCAGGCGGUGACUCCCGGGAGCCGAGGUGGGGGCCGGACUCCCUGUAGAGUCGGCGCGAGCGCGUGUGUGUAGAUGCGAGUGUGUGUCUGGGAGUGUUAGUGAGUGAGGGUGCGCUCGGCGAUGUGAGCGAGAGAGCCCCGGUCCCCGGCUCCUCGGCAGCAACUGCCACCGCCGCCUCGCCCUCACUCACUCCCGCGCCGAGCCCUCAGGAGCAGGGGUCGCAGGAGCGGGCGGCGCCUUCCGAGGCCUCCUCUGUCGUCGCACCCGCAGGGAAGGCUUACAAAUUGGAAGAUUAUUUUUAGACUACGUAGCCACAAGCAAUUUAACUGAAAUUAACUGCUUCCUUGCAAGUGGAAAGAAUUUCAUCAUUUUGGUAUAAACUGCAGAAUAAAACAUGCCAGCUUUAUCAGCAGGAUCUGGAAAUGAGACAGGUCUGUAUGAGCUGCUGACUGCACUGCCAGCCCAGCUGCAGCCACAUGUGGACAGCCAGGAAGACCUAACCUUCCUCUGGGAUAUGUUUGGUGAAAAAAGCCUUCAUUCACUGGUGAAGAUUCACGAAAAGUUACACUACUAUGAGAAACAGAAUCCUGUGCCCAUCCUCCAUGGUGCAGCAGCCUUGGCAAAUGAUCUAGCUGAAGAACUGCAGAGCAAGCAAUUGAACAGUGAGAUCCGAGAGCUGUUGAAAUUACUGUCAAAACCCAAUCUCCAGGCAUUACUCUCUGUACAUGACACUGUGGCCCAAAAGAACUAUGAUCCUGUUUUACCUCCUAUGCCUGAUGAUAUUGAUGAUGAAGAAGAUUCGGUAAAAAUAAUCAGACUGGUCAAAAACAGAGAACCAUUGGGAGCCACAAUUAAGAAGGAUGAACAUACUGGAGCAAUAGUUGUGGCUAGAAUUAUGAGAGGAGGUGCUGCGGAUAGAAGUGGUCUUAUUCAUGUUGGUGAUGAACUCAGGGAAGUAAAUGGAAUUCCAGUAGAAGAUAAGAGACCUGAGGAAAUAAUACAGAUUUUGGCUCAGUCUCAGGGAGCAAUUACAUUUAAAAUUAUACCAAGCAUCAAAGAAGAUGUGCCAUCUAAAGAAGGCAAGAUGUAUAUCAAAGCCCUAUUUGACUAUGAUCCUUAUGAGGAUAAAGCAAUUCCAUGUAAAGAAGCUGGGCUUUCUUUCAAAAAGGGAGAUAUCCUUCAAAUUAUGAGCCAAGAUGAUGCAACUUGGUGGCAAGCCAAACAUGAAGGUGAUGCCAAUCCUCGAGCAGGCUUGAUCCCUUCAAAACAUUUCCAGGAAAGGAGAUUUGCACUAAGGCGACCAGAAGUAUUAGUUCAGCCCCUGAAAGUUUCUAACCGGAAAUCAUCUGGAUUUAGAAGAAGCUUCCGUCUUAGUAGAAAAGAUAAGAAGACAAACAAGUCUAUGUAUGAAUGCAAGAAGAGUGAUCAGUAUGAUACAGCAGAUGUUCCAACAUAUGAAGAAGUUUCACCGUAUCGACGACAAAAUAAUGAGAAAUAUAGACUAGUUGUUUUGGUUGGACCCGUGGGAGUAGGAUUAAAUGAACUAAAACGAAAGUUGCUGAUCAGUGAUACACAACAUUAUGGUGUGACAGUGCCGCACACUACCAGAGCAAGAAGAAGCCAAGAAAGUGAUGGUGUUGAAUAUAUUUUCAUUUCCAAGCAUUUGUUUGAGACAGAUGUCCAAAAUAACAAGUUUAUUGAAUAUGGGGAAUAUAAAAACAACUACUAUGGCACAAGUAUAGACUCUGUUCGAUCUGUUCUGGCUAAAAACAAGGUUUGUUUGUUGGACGUUCAGCCUCAUACAGUGAAGCAUUUAAGAACACUAGAAUUUAAACCAUUUGUUAUAUUUAUAAAGCCUCCAUCCAUUGAGCGUCUAAGAGAGACAAGAAGAAAUGCAAAGAUUAUUUCAAGUCGAGAUGAUCAGGGAACGGCAAAACCCUUUACAGAAGACGACUUUCAAGAAAUGAUUAAAUCUGCACAGAUAAUGGAAAACCAAUAUGGCCAUCUUUUUGACAAAAUUAUAGUAAAUGAUGAUCUCACGGUGGCUUAUAAUGAGCUGAAAGCAACUUUUGACAAAUUGGAGACAGAUACCUAUUGGGUUCCAGUGAGCUGGUUACAUUCCUAAGACUGAAAGAAGAGAAUGUUUCAGAGUCUCUUUUAACAGGGUUAAUGAUUAAAAAGAAAGAAGUUACCUUUUUGGUGAAAGGGUUUUUAAAUUUCUGUCACUGAUAGGUGGUUGUUUUUAAAUCUAUGUCACUUAUGCAGUUACAAUUUUGAUGAAGUGGAAUGCUGUUAUUAUUUUGUUCUUUAAAGUCCUUUACCAUACUGAAGAUGUGCAAAUAAGAUCUAAAUUUAAUUUAAAUGGAAUUUUGCCCAAUUCUCUAUUCUAAGCUAAGCUUUGGAACAUCUGGUUGUCUUUAAUAUAGCUAUAUAUCCACAAUGAGGUUUAAACUUUUGUUUAAAAGAGAAGUCGCUAAAGACUUUAAUAUAUAUUGGAGAUCAGUGCUUCAAUAGUCUCAGAUGUGGUCACUGCCAUAAAGUUUGCAUGUUAGCAGUCAAAGGUAAUAUCAUUACUUUAAAUUGCAGUUCUUGAGACAGGCAGGACAGCUUAAGUUUUUCUGGAUAGAUCAUCACAGUUUUAACUGGACUAACUAUCAAGAUGAGUUCUCUUGCUGUCCCCUGAAAGUCUAACGUGGUUUUUUUGUUUGGUUGGUUUUUUGGUUUUUGUUUUUUACCUAUAGCAUAUAUUCACAGUGUGUCUAUUCAAACUCUUUCAUAAAUGAAUUGCCCAGUGAAUUAUAAAACAUAUUCUGAAAAGGGUUUGUGUGCUGUGAACACACUUGACAUGUCUUUGUAGGUGGUAUAACAAAAACUUUAAUAAGGGAAAAUAGAUUUUUAUUUUAAUAUUACAUAUGGAACUUUACAAAAUUUUCCUUGUGGCAAUUAUACUUUAUAAAUUCAGUGGUAUCUUCAGAUAAGUAACAACAAAAUAGUUUUGUUUUUUUUUUAAUCAUCUGCAAAAAUUUCUGGAGUCAUUUCAAAACAGAUUUAGUUAGUCACAGAUUUUUUUUCAAUAAGUGAUAGGAAAGUGUUUCACAUUUGAAAAGCAGAUAUAUACAAGUUACUGUUACAAAUACAGCAAAUAAGUGUUGCACUGAUUUAUUUAAAAUUAUAAGCAAUUUAUUGCCAUAUACUUGAAAAAUAUCCAAUUCUGUUAAAUUAUAAAAUUUCACAUUUAAUUUUAGCUUUUAUUAUAAUAUAGAGACAAAGAUCCACUUUUAAUAUCAACUAGAUUUCAUCAUCCUUCCAUUUCUAUAACAGUAAAUGACAUUCUUACAUUUCUGUAACAGUAAAUGAACAAAUUAUGUAUUUGUAAAUAUGAUUUUUCAUUUUUCUUGAUUUACUACUGACAUGCAAAAACUCAGUAAAAAGCUUUAAACAUAGCUAUUAGCUGCAUAAGUGAAUUGACCUUCUAGUUCAGAGUACAUAGACCUUGCUAACCAAAAAUCAUCACAGUUGUGACAUUCGGACAAGAAAUGAAUUAUUUUAUGUUCACAUGUAAAGAAUUUAGAUGUCUUGUUUAAUAAAAAAAAGAAUUUAGUGAAAUUUUAUAUAUUUAUGAAAGGGUUUAAAGGGAUAGUCGGGUUUUUUAAUUCCUUGUCACUAUAGUUAUUCAUAAAAUGGAUUAUAUGUGAAAGCAUAAAUUGAAAUGGUGGUUUUGUAAAUCAGGCUCAACAUUCCAUGUAUAUAUUUGACAAUGGUUCAUGUACAGAGGGAGGGAACCACCAGUUUGUUGUAUUUUCAGUGCAUAAUUAAGUGCCUGGUUUCCCUAUAUUUGUUUCAGGCUUACUAAGUGAAAAAGAAACUUAAGAUAUUUCAUUAAACUUGACAGAUAUUGUUUUUUACCACAGAUAGCUAGAACACAAAUUUUACUCAAAUCUUCAUAAUAAUUAGUGAGUACACUGUCAAAUUUUUAUUACAGUUUUUUAUUUCUGUUCCAGAUUCACAUAGUUAGUAACCUGUUAAUUUUAGGGAUGCCAAAUCUGAUGUUGCUCAAGUUGCCCUGACCGAUGGCCCUUGAAAGAAAUAUGAGUCAUGGAUAAAUAUUUUCUUUUUUGUACACUCGUGAAAAUGUCCUUUAAAUCAUGUGUAUCUAUAUAAAAAUAUGUAUUAUUUAGUGCUGUUUCUCAUCUCCUCAUCCUACGCUUCACCACUCCAAAAAACACCCUUUGACCUGGAAUAUCCAGAAAACUGAGACAAUAUUGGAUUUUUCAGAGUACCACUGUCUAAAUAAUUACCCUGAUUAUCCAAGUCACUCUCUGUAUGGACAAAGCCUUAAUUUAGUGCAGGCUCAAUUCUUUUGUUGUUGCUAAGAAAAUCAUCUUAUCAUAAAUCUGAAAAGAGUACUAUUAUUAUAUAGUUAAUUGAAAAUAAUAACUGCCACCACCCUCAAGGAUGUAUUCUGAUCUAUUUCAUUUUGGAUCAUACCUAGACAAUAUUUGUAUGUGAAGGUAGCCCAUCUCUAAUUUUAAUAAAUGAGGUGAUGGCAAUUUGAAAAGGUUUGCACUUGAAAAUGUCAGUUAGUGACACAGUUAAGCACACUUACUUUUAGGCUACAAUCCUUUAACUUAAAAACAGCUUUAAUUAAAACUUAAUCAGAAUUUGUUGGACCUAAGGACAGCUAGAGGGAUUUGCCAACAUCUUGUAGCAAGAGGCCGUUGAUUCUGUAGUUUGCCUCCUAACACGACAAUUGCUUUAUGAGCCUCACCGUAGCUCUUGGCAGUAGCUUAACAGACAUAUCCCAAUUCCCAGGCUGGAUUGUCAGCCAGCAUUGAGAGCAUAGGGAAUGUUAAAUUUUUAAAAGUCUGUGCAUUAAAAAGCCAAGUUGGAUAUAAAGACAAUCCAAGAUCAAGAUGGAAAAUCUACACUCCUCUGAUUGACAUACUGGAACUUGUUUGUUGUUGUUUAAGGAAGAAGAAGGGUGGGACUGAAAUGAAGUAGUCAAUAACUACCAUGAAUUUUCAUUUUUACUAGACAUUCUUUACUUAGAAUGUGUAUAUUAUGUCACACUCUCAUUACUGGCUCUGAAUAUGUAGCACUCAGAGUUUCUGCAGUAAAAAGUUGGCCCUAUUUUGUUCAGGCUUCUGAAAUAAAGUGUUUUGAAGUUAUUGAUUCACCAUGGCAGACUGAAAUAUACUUUUGCUGUGACAUUCAGCCACCCAUGAGAGUUCUUGGUAUCCGUAAGGCUGCCGUUCUUGAUACUGUGUCUUGAUCACGCUAGCAAGGACCUUCCCUUCUCUGAUCUGUAGUGCCGUCGUUACAAAAAACUUCCCCAAAAUAAAGACACUAGCAUUUAUUUUCUUUUUUAAAAACUAACAAGGUUUUAUAUAGAAAUGCAAAAGAAGACUUCAGUGUUAAAGUAUGUGCAGAAUGUGAUGUGUAGAGUUUGUUGAAAGCUGUUUGACUUGGUAUCUCACUAUACUUUGCCAUUUGCUGUCGCAGAGCAGACGUCACCAUUUUGUACUAUUGUAUCCAGCACCAUACUUGAACUUGCCAUCAAUUUCUUAGUUGAUGCCAUGCCUGAAAUAUAAAGUUACUUUCUUUCACUGAAGAAUAAAUUAUUGACACAACA